UACACUCUUUGACCAACAUCCCUGUCAAACUUACGAGCUGCAUUUCGCCUGUGAGAAGCCUUCCGUCGCCUCUUUAAGGAAAUGGAUGUUAUUUGGAUACUACUUACAGUCUGUUGGAUAAAAUGAUCAUAGAGGACUAUGGGCAAAUUUCAGUCGAAAAUAGCUUCGAAACGAAGACAGAGUCCUGAAGGAAACGUAGUAAACACCACGCACGGUGGUAGUUUGGCUUGUAAUGCGCAGACCUGUCAGAAGGAAUUAAAACACAUCCACAAACGCAAACUAACAGAGAACUUGUGCGUAGAGUUAAGGGAAAACAGGUUGGACCAAAACUGCAACUUCAGCGUAGUUCUACCACCAAGGAACACAGACAAAAGCAUCUACAUUCAGAUCAACAAACUGAUCAAGAAGAAGCAGAAAGGCCACACUGGGUCCCAACAGGACACUGCCUGUAUGCUGGUGCCUAAUGAGGACUCUCAGCAGCAGUGGGUCUUCACACUGUAUGACAGCAGAGGCAAGGUCACAAAGGAGGACAUGUUCAGUCUGAUCCAGUCUAUGUAUGAGGUUAUAGAGGCGUCGCUCACGCAGCCUGGUCACACGCCGCUAAGGGUCAGGUUAGCUGUAAUUCCCACAGCGUCGUCAGACACAUCAACAACAGCAGACAAGAAAGCAGGAAACCCGGACAGGAAGCUCUACUGUGUGGAUGAAAAUAUAGAACGCAGGAACCACUAUCUGGAUUUGGCUGGCAUUGAAAAUUAUGCUUCCAAAUUUGACAGUGCAGAGUCACCCUCUCACGAGCCGACACAGAAAGCUCCCGCUGCUGUUCAGCACCGCAUAGUGGCAGAAAGAGGUAACUGCAGAUCCAACGAGCCUCCCAGAGGUGCCUCUGUCCCUCAUUCCCUGAAGACCAAGUCUCCAUCAGCGAGGAAUGACAGGAACAGAGAGGGAAAACCCAACAAGCAUCCUGCCUCGUGGUGCCACAUGAGCCCAUCACACCCCCCAACGCAGGGCGUCCUCCAUCGUUCCCACAGCAGGAGGCUUCACUGCAGGGUACCGGAUGCUGGAGGAGACAGGGAGAUAUUGUCGAGUCGUCCCCCAUGUUGUGGUGUCCCAUUGGUCCAGAAACAUGAGCACCAUCACCACCACGACCACCAUCAUCAUCAUCAUCAUCAUCACCACCAUCACCAUUAUCCCCCUUCAUAAAUGCAUGUGGAUCUGAGACGAGGGCAGUCAGGCUGAUGAACAUAGAUUAGUCAGUACGUGGUGGAAUCAGGCUGAGGCACAGUAAUGUAAUGUCAGAUGGAAUGUUGUGUAAUUCAGGAGGUCUAUUAAAUAAUGUCUGAAUUUGUAUAGCACUUUAGAUGUAUGGGCUAAUCUCAAACAGAUUACCUCCUGCUGUUUAACAUGAUGUACAUGUGCAUCUUGUAGUUAUAUAUGUAUUUAUAUGUUGGAUAUAUAGUUUAACAACCCAUAUGUACAUAUGAAGUAAUUAUACACUACUAACUUAGCAAUUAUUCAUUAAUUAAUUCAUGUUCAUUCAUGUCUAACAGCUGCCUGAGUAACUACAAGGGCAAUAUAUAUAUAUAUUUAAAAAUAAACUGAAGCACUGAAUAACAAA